AUGUGUCAAAUGAACCGCUGUUCAAAGAGUGGCAAUGGCUGGGAGAUGGUAACAGGUGUUUAUGGUGGUCCCAGCUCUGACCACACCAAUCUGCCCAGUGGAAAUGGUAACCAAGGUCAGGAUGCAGGUUUCUUCGUGUAUGCCAGCACAGAAUCAGGUCAGGAGGGUGACUCAGCCUGGCUGGAGACAAAGAGGAUGAGUCCUCAGAGGGAGUGUCAUGUCCAGUGUCUGCAGUUCUACUAUUACCACAAUGGGAGCGAGUCAGAUGAACUUAACAUCUGCAUCAGAGAGUUUCAAGAUAACUGGGACUCCACAGGGACUCUCUACCUCAUGGGACAGAUCAGUGGUCCACCAACAUCUCACUGGACUCUCCACCAUGUUCCUCUGAAUGCCACCAAGCAGUUCCAGGUGGAGUUUGAGGUUCGUAAAGGAGCAAGAAACUCUACAGGGGGCUUCUCUAUUGAUGACAUCAAUCUGUCAGAGCUUGAGUGUCCAGAUGGAACCUGGCAGAUUAAUGAUUUUGAGAGACUUUGGAACAUUCCUGAUACUCCGGCCCUGAUAUAUAGCCCAAGGCAGUACUCCAGUGAGGGCUAUGCUUUCCGGGUAUCGUUAUAUCUCCACCAGCUAGAUUUUGGAGUAUUUGUCCAACUUGUCUCUGGUGUCUAUGAUGACCAACUGCAAUGGCCUUGCCCACAAAGGCAAUUUACUGUCCAAAUGUUGGAUCAGAACCCCAACAUCCAGCUACAGAUGUCAAGGCAAAUGAGUCUCACCACUGACCCAAAUCUGCUCACCACCAGUGGUGUACCUGCUUGGGGCAAACCUCGUGAUGUUGGAACUCAAAUUGUUGAUGAGAACAAUGAGACCAUCUAUGUUAAUGACCUAUAUGGUAGAAAUAAUUUUGCAUCUUUGGAAGACAUCCAAUCCACCUCAAGGGAGGGAGUGCCAUUUUCAUCUUUAGUGUACUAGGCAAAUUAAAAUAAUUUCAUUCCUAAACUUAUAUAUUGUACUUGAAACUUUUACAACAGAAAUGUAUGAAACAUUUGAAUCAUUUUGCACAACAUCAAAAUAAAGUUUUAUAUGAUUAUUUUAAUUUCUUUAUUCCAAUAGAUCUCACACCUCUAGUUAAUGGAAAUUCACUGCCAUGUCCUCAAGUAAGAACAGUAAAAAUUACACAUUCUCCCGGAGACCAGGAUAAAGGAAACUGCUCAUCACAGUAGGACAUAUUAUUAAAUUACGAUUCAUGUGAAGAUACAUAUUAAACAAUAUAUAUGAUGAGAGAUGCAAUUUUCUCAGGCAUUUUUGAGCACCUUGCAAGAAUAAAUGCCGUUGCUAGAUGUAAAAGUUAAUGCAGGUGAAACUCUAACAAGUUUUAAUACCCCUCCAAAAAUGCUUUAACUUUUACAGGAUCUCACCCACCUCAAUUCCUACCUCAUACACAACAGAUGGCAGGUACUGCAAUGUUCUCAAACAUUUCCUGAUUUUUAAUAAAUAGAAAGUGUUUCUUUGAAACAGAAACACUAAAACUAACACUAAAAAGUUUUAAUAUACCUGUUAAGAAAUGCUUUGAUGUUUACAGGAUCCCACCCACCACAAUUCCAAUUCCAGACACAACACUCUUCUCAAACAUGUUCUGUUUAUAACAAUGUGUGUGGAGAUGAAAAAUUUAGAUGUUAUACCAAUGAUAGCGUUCAACACAAUAAGCUCUGUUUUACGUAUACUCAUCAUUUGUUGCAGCUUGAAGCCCACAUACAUUUUGCACAAAAACAAAAGCAGUGAUAGCAAUUCAG